AUGUAUAGAUCUUCAAUUAUUUUCCGUUCAAGUAGGUGUUAGUGAUCGUAGCUUUUGUAAUCAUUAUCGUAUUCGGCGCUUUUUUGAACUUAUUGGAACGUAGUACGUACAAGAACUAGGCACGUACGUGGGGUAGUUGGUACGAGUACUGUAUUCGGAAUUUCGUUCUUCAUCGUACCUAAACAUACCACAAGCAACAGAAACCAGAAGAAUGGAUUUGACGCCGGCAUUAUUCUUCUCUGUAUUCGUGUCAGCUUUCGGAUCGGCUUUCCAGCACGGUUACCACACUGGUGUCUUGAAUGCGCCCCAAGAAUUGAUCGAAGAAUGGCUGCGAAGCAUGGUGAAUAUCACCAGUACCGCCGAAAAGGAAGAAACGAAUAAACACAUUACGUUCAUUUUUUCGCUGAUGGUGUCGAUUUACUGUAUCGGAGGCAUGGUUGGAGGCAUGCUUACUAAAUUUUGGCUCGGCGUAUUCGGUCUAAAAUGGGGCAUAUUUAUGAAUAAUUUUUUAGUCAUUACGUCAGCCGCAUUGAUGGGUUUCAGUCAUCAACAAGGGUCAUACGUGAUGUUCAUUGUUGGCCGGUUUUUGGUCGGCAUGAACAGCGGUUUGAACGCCGGCUUGAUUCCUAUGUAUUUAUCUGAAAUAGCACCUGUUCAUUUGAGAGGUGGUGUGGGUAGCUUUUACCAAUUAUUUUUAACCAUCGCUAUUCUCAUCGCACAAGUAGUAAGUACUCGGGAAACGCUCGGUCGCGAAGAAAAAUGGCCCUAUCUUUUUGCCAUUCCGGUGAUUCCAUCGAUAAUGCAAGUUGUCUUAUUGCCGUUGUGUCCCGAUUCGCCAAGACAUUUGAUGGGUAUGAAGAAAGAAGAAGAGGCGAAGAAAGCUUUGGAAUGGUUUCGACAUCGACACACUCCCGACGUUACCAAAGAGCUGGACGUAUUGAAAGCCGAAAUCGACGCCGAAAAUAAGAUGAAGGCCAUUAACAUUGGCGAAAUGUUUUCGAAUCCGCUGUUUCGCAAACCUUUAGCGAUUUCUUGCUUGAUGAUGAUAGCUCAACAACUGAGCGGAAUCAACGCAGUGGUAUUCUACUCUACGUCUACUUUCAAAGUUGCCAGAUUAGAUUCGCAGACUGCUCAAGUUGGUACUUUACUGAUGGGUGCCAUGAACGUAGCCAUGACUAUUAUAUCGACGUUGACGGUAGAUAAAGCCGGACGAAAAACGCUCCUAAUUAUAGGUUUUCUGUUAAUGUUCAUAGAUACGAUAUUGCUAUGCGUUUGCAUGAGAGUAGCGUUGGACUACGAAAGCGUGCCAGCAGCCUACAUGAGUAUAGUUUUCUUAGUCAUGUUCGUCGUUUUCUUCGCCAUCGGAGCGGGAUCGAUUCCUUGGUUUUUAGUCAACGAACUGUUCCUUCCGAGAGCUCGAACUCUGGCCGUGAGUUUCGCCGUACCUAUCAACUGGUUGGCUAAUUUCAUCGUCGGAAUUUCGUUCCCAAUAUUGCAGAAUCUGGUGCAGUCGUACAUUUUUCUUGUUUUCGCAGCCGUCCAAUUACUUUUCUUGAUUUAUACAAUAUUCGCGAUUCCAGAAACGAAAAACCGAAACAUCGCCGACAUCGCUUCUCAGUUCGGUUCGCUCGAAGGCACUGGCGAACUUCCGCCAGCAGAACAAUCCCCAUCCCAGUAAAAAAUUUCGCCGAGUAUUUCGUUGUGUAAUAGUGCGAUGAUUACAAGCUUCGAUGAGUUAUCAAUUGUUAAUAAAAAUUACUUACAUAAA